AUGGCUUCCAAACGGGAGCCGCCCUCGCGCAUCGCGUCGGCAUCGUCCCUCCGCUCCGCGACCGGGAGCAGCAGCCUCACGAGGACCCGACAGGCGGCACGAACAUCAAUGCGACCCCCCCUGUCGUCCUCCCGCUUCAACCGCGACGGCGCCGUCUCGCCAGCCGAGUCCAUGGCCUCCGUGGCCACGACGAGCACGAAACGCAAGGACCGCGAGUACGACACCGAGACGGGCGGCCUCGACCACGGCGAGGAGACCAACAUCCAGGUCGUCGUGCGGUGUCGCGGUCGCAACGAGCGCGAGGUCAGGGAGAACAGCACCGUCGUCGUGUCGGCCGACGCCGCCAAGGGCAAGGACGUCAACCUGUCCAUGGGACCGAACGCCCUGAGCAACAAGACGUACAACUUUGACCGCGCCUUUUCGCCCGCCGCCGACCAGAGCAUGGUCUUUGACGAUGUUGUCAGGCCCAUUCUCGACGAGAUGCUCGCCGGCUUCAACUGCACCAUCUUCGCCUACGGCCAGACCGGCACCGGCAAGACCUACACCAUGUCCGGCGACAUGACCGAAACCAUGGGCCUCCUCUCUGAUGCUGCCGGUAUCAUUCCGAGAGCGCUGCAGGCGCUCUUCAACAAGCUCGAAGCCGACGACUGCGAGAGCGCCGUCAAGUGCUCCUUCAUCGAGCUGUACAACGAGGAGCUGCGCGACCUGAUUGCCGUGGAAGAGGGCGCCAAGCUGAAGAUCUUUGACGACACGUCACGAAAGGGCCACGCGACGACCAUUGUGCAGGGCAUGGAGGAGAAGCACAUCAAGACGGCCGGCGAGGGCAUCAAGGUCCUCCAGGACGGGAGCUUGAAGCGCCAGGUCGCCGCCACCAAGUGCAACGACCUCAGCAGCCGCAGCCACACCGUCUUCACCGUCACGGCCUACGUCAAGCGCAAGAACGAGGACGGCGGCGAGGACUACGUCAGCGCCGGCAAGCUGAACCUCGUCGACCUGGCGGGCAGCGAGAACAUCCAGCGGUCCGGCGCCGAGAACAAGCGCGCCGCCGAGGCCGGUCUCAUCAACAAGAGUCUCCUCACGCUGGGCCGCGUCAUCAACGCCCUCGUCGACCGCAGCCAGCACAUCCCCUACCGCGAGUCCAAGCUGACGCGCCUGCUGCAAGACUCGCUCGGCGGCCGCACCAAGACGUGCAUCAUCGCCACCGUCUCCCCGGCCAAGAGCAACCUCGAGGAGACCAUCUCCACGCUCGACUACGCCUUCCGCGCCAAGAACAUCCGCAAUAAGCCCCAGGUCAACCCGCUGCUGAACAAGAAGAAGCUGCUGCGCGAGUUCCAGACCGAGAUUGAGAAGCUCAAGAGCGAGCUCAUCACGACGCGCCAGCGCAACGGUGUCUACCUCUCCAAUGCAUCAUACGAGGAGAUGACCGCGCAGAGCGAGUCUCGACGCAUCGUGCUCGAGGAGCAGGCGGCCAAGAUGGAGACGCUCGAGAUGAACCUCAAGAACAAGGUCCACGAGCUGCUGUCGCUGACCUCCAACUUUAUGGGGCUCAAGAAGGACCACGACGGCACCAAGGCCCAGCUCGACGACACGAGGGACGUGCUCGACCAGACGGAGCUCGUGCUCGACGCGACGCGCAGGUCGCUCGCCGACGAGACGCACCUGCGCAAGGCGCACCAGGAGACGGAAGGCAAACUCACCGAGGUCGGCGGGCGUCUCAUCUCGACGCUCCACAAGACGGUCGGCGACGUCGACCGCCUGCGCGCCAAGAACAAGCGCAAGUCGGACCUGCAGUCGAUCAACCGCGGCGCCUGGGGCAUGGCGCAGGGCCACGUCGUCGACAUCACCUCGCUCGUGGAGCAGCGCAUGGCACUCUUGCGCGACGAGCAGCAGGAGCACGUCGCGGGCAUCUCCGAGAGGAUGAAGGCCUUUGUGGCCGAGGAGCUGGACAAGCUGACCUCGACCGAAAGCUUCCUCGAGGGCCACCUGCAGGAGUUUGUCGAGUCGCGGGAGGAGCUGCUCGCCGAGCAGAAGGGAUCCAAAGAAGAGAUGGACAACGUGCUCGAGGAGAUCAAGACGGUGCGUGAUACUGUCAAGGACCAAGUGGGCGAGAGUCUGCAGUCUAUCGCGGCGGCGGCGGAGCAGAUUGCUGCCGACGUGCUCAGCGAGCUCGGCACCUUCCACAACCAGCUGCACACAUCCUACAGGUCUCUGGGCAAAGACUUCAAGACCAUCUUCGACGACCUUGUCACGCACAUCGCCGCCCAGCGCGCCGAGUCCCUGAAGCUGCGGCAGCAACUCGAAAAGGCGACACGGACCAUCGCCGAGCGAAACGCCGCCAACGCCAGCCGCAUGCAGGAGGUCAUGGAAGGGGAGCGCAAACAGGCGGCCGUCGACCGACAGGACCUGCUCACGCAGAUCACGUCCCUGAUCAACGCGCAGGCGGAGGUGCAAGAGUCGCGACUCGCCGACAAGACGGCCGAGCUGCAGAAGAGCAUCCUCGCGUCCAACACUACGCUUGAGAAGGAUGUUGCCGCCUACGGAGAGGGUAUGGACGCGUGGAAUAGCAAGGAAGACGAGCUCCUGGAGACGGUCGCCAACUCGAAGGAAGCCAUGAAGACGAAGCUGAAGGAGGACUGGAACGCCGCCGAAGAACACAGUUCAUCCAUCCAGGGCACCACCAAGUCGGUCAACGCCGAGACGAUGCGCGUGGUGGACGAGCAGCUCGAGAACCUUGACGUGCAGAUGAAAGCCCUGGACGACUUCGUUACCCACGCCCGCGACGAGAAUGCCUCCCACCACGAGAAGCAUGCAGAGUCUGUGCAGAAGCUCUCCGAGACUGUUGGACAGUCAUUCGAAGAGAUCGCAUCGCACUGCGCGACUACGUUCGACCGUGUCCAGGACCUGGGAAGCAAGCUGGCAACGCAGACAGAGGAGGCUAGACAAGGUCUCGCACCCAUCGGGGACGACAUCUGCCAGCCCCUGGCUGCGCUGCGGGACGAGAUAGCGUCCACGGUCAUCCAGGAAUACCAACCUACCGGCGACACCCCUAUGAAGAUGCACUACCAAUUCCCGACCGAUCUGCCCAAGACCAAGGCGCACGAGAAGCUCCUCAACGACCUGCACGGCGUUUCCGCCUCGCCCAGCAAGUCCAGCACCAUCCCCACCGUCUUCGCCGACGAUGAUGACGAGCCCGACCUCCUGGCUUCGUCGCCACGCCAGACGCGGGCCUCGACGAUGCCGUCCAUCUCGGAGAACGCCCCGACGAACCACACCGUCCCGUUCAGCAUGAGCCUCCGCGAGGUGAACCCUAACCUGACGCAAACCAACCUGACGACGGCGGGCUCGUUGCUGUUCGACCCGGCGGCCGGGGCUGCCGCCAUGAAGGAGGCAGCCGCUGCCGACGGUGGCGACGCCGCGACUGGGCUUCUGCCCUUCAAGUACAGCACGUCGCGGCAGCAGAGCAAGAUUGGCCGCAAGACGGUCGCGGUGCCGCUCGAGGGGCGGGAGAACGUGCCGCUGCCCGUCGCGGCGUUCUCGCAGAGCCUCGGCCCGAGGAGGAAGAGUCCGAGAUUGAACUGA